AUGCAAGAAGUUACCAGUAAACGUGGUAUUACAACACUGAAGCCAUUGGCUAUAGUACGUUAUAACGAAAGCAUGUCAGGAGUUGAUCUUCAAGAUCAAAUGAUUUCAUAUUACCCAUGCGAAAGAAAAACUUUACGCUGGUACUUAAAAAUUUUUAUACAUACGAUGAUGAUGAGUUUGGUAAAUUCUCGUUUAUUAUAUAACAAGUUCUCUGGAAAACCUAAGCUUUCAUUAUACGACUUUAGGGAGAAAAUCAUUGAAAUUUUUUUACCUGAAAAUCCACUAAUACCUGAAUCCUCAUCGGGAAAUCGAAGUCAACAAAGUCAUAAGUUGACGAAAAUAUUCAAAACGACGGAACGGAUAAUAAAAACGGGGCCAGAAAGAAAAGUGCAAGCAGUUGCAAGAAAAGAUUGCCGAAAUUGCUACAAAAAUAAAAAACGAGUGCAGACUACGAUGGAAUGUAAGGAUUGUCCUGAUAGUCCGCCUAUGUGCAUGGACUGUUUUUUUAUGUUACAUACUUGUACCAAAAACUAA